AUGAUCGUAACUUAUUAUUUAAACGAAGAAAAAGUCACAGAAGAAGUAAGUGGUAAUGGAGAGAAAGUGAUUAUUUCUGCAAGCGCAACAAAUGUCGAAGUGAGAUUUAAAGUUAUGCGUCCAUUUUGGGGUGAUGUCAUGACGUACGACCGUUUUAGCAAGACCUGGUUAAAACCAUAUACACCUCACAUCUUCCGAUACCAAAAAGCAAAAAAUCGCACAUUUACUCUUAGUGGUAAUCUUCGUUGGGACGCAGUUAUGGGAGUCAGUAAUGAGUAUGGAGAAACAAAAGAAAUGGGUUUUAUAUCAACUGACGAAAUUUAUUGCCCUCAAAGAAAUUCAAACUGCUCAAAUAAUGAAAAUUUUGCGUCAAAGACCCAACAACACUCAAUUCUCGUCGAUAUAAGCCAAGAGCAGUUGACCAGAAAAACCAUUAAAUAUUACUCCAAAGGUUCAUGGUUCUCAAAGAUGAUUGUAACCUAUUAUUUAAACGAAAGAAAAGUCACGGAAGAAGACAUAAUUCAAAUGCAGUUCGACGAUAUAAGCCAAGAGCAGUUGACCAGAAAAACCAUUCAAUAUUACUCCAAAGGUCCGUGGAUCUCAAAGAUGAUUGUAACCUAUUAUUUAAACGAAAGAAAAGUCACAGAAGAAGUAAGUGGUGAUGGAGAGAGAGUGAAUAUUUCUGCAAGCGCAACAAAUGUCGAAGUGAGAUUUAAAGUUAUGCGUCCAUUUUGGGGCGACGUUAUGAAGUACGACCGUUUUACAAAUACCUGGUCGAAACCGUAUACACCUCAUAUCUUCCGAUACGAGAAAGCCACUGGUCGCACAUUUACUCUUAAUGGUAAUCUUUGGUGGGAGGCAGUUAUGAGAGUAACUGAUGAAUACCACGAGGAAACAACUGAAAUGGGCGAAGUUUAGAAAGAUAUCGCCAGCGGAAGCAAUGAUUGGGAAACGUUCUGUUAACAUAGAACAAAUAAGUGAUUGCUGAACUAAAUGAUAAUUGACCUCACCUGAGAUUGAGUGUAACUGUAAAUACAACGUAUAAAUCAUCAUUAUUCAAAUGAUGGAGACAGCAAUGGCUCUCACAUAAUGAUUUUUAACAAAAUAGUUUUCUUUGGACAAUUAUCUUAUACAAGUAUGCUUUUGUGUAUAAUGUAAUCAUUAAAUAGUAAUUUUGAUUGCUCUUCGAAAUUCUAAUUUUUUAUUAUUCUUAGAAAUUGUAAUUUUUGAUUGUUCUUAGAAAUCAUAUGUUAAGGAUAUUUUACAGAAAAGCAAAAGUUGGGAAAAUUGUA